UCGGGCGGGCGGGGUGCUGAGCUGUGUGUGCUCUGCUCCUGCAAGAGCCGCGGGGGCCGUGGCGCUGGAGCUGGAUCGUGAGCCGGCGCUGCAGCGGGAGUCGGGACCAGUGCCGGUCCGGAUCGGGCUCCAACGAUAUGGGGUCGGCCGACUCCAAGCUGAAUUUCCGAAAGGCGGUGAUCCAGCUCACCACCAAGACGCAGCCCGUGGAAGCCACCGACGAUGCCUUUUGGGACCAGUUCUGGGCAGACACGGCCACCUCGGUGCAGGAUGUCUUUGCGCUGGUGCCAGCGGCGGAGAUCCGGGCAGUGCGGGAGGAGUCGCCCUCCAACCUGGCCACUCUGUGCUACAAGGCUGUGGAGAAGCUGGUGCAGGGAGCCGAGAGCGGCUGCCACUCAGAGAAGGAGAAGCAGAUUGUGCUGAACUGCAGCCGGCUGCUCACCCGCGUGCUGCCCUACAUCUUUGAGGACCCAGACUGGAGGGGCUUCUUCUGGUCCACAGUGCCCGGGGCCGGGCGAGGAGGGGGAGAAGAUGAUGAUGAGAAUGCCCGGCCCCUGGCUGAGUCCCUGCUCCUGGCCAUUGCUGACUUGCUCUUCUGCCCAGAUUUCACUGUCCAGAGCCACCGGAGGAGCACAGUGGACUCAGCAGAAGACGUGCACUCCCUGGACAGCUGCGAAUACAUCUGGGAGGCCGGCGUGGGCUUCGCUCACUCCCCCCAGCCCAACUACAUCCACGACACCAACCGGACGGAACUGCUGAAGCUGCUGCUGACGUGCUUCUCGGAGGCCAUGUACCUGCCCCCAGCCCCGGACAGUGGCAGCACCAACCCGUGGGUGCAGUUCUUUUGUUCCACGGAGAACAGACACGCCCUGCCCCUCUUCACCUCCCUGCUCAACACCGUGUGUGCCUAUGACCCUGUGGGCUACGGGAUCCCCUACAACCACCUGCUCUUCUCCGACUACCGGGAACCCCUGGUGGAGGAGGCUGCCCAAGUUCUCAUCGUCACCCUAGACCACGACAGCGCCACCAGCACCAGCCCCACCAUCGACGGCACCACCACAGGCACUGCCAUGGACGACAUUGAUCCUCCAGGGCCCGAGAACCUGUUUGUAAACUACUUGUCCCGAAUCCACCGUGAGGAGGACUUCCAGUUUAUCCUCAAGGGCACAGCCCGGCUGCUGUCCAACCCCCUGCUCCAGACCUACCUGCCCAACUCCACCAAGAAGAUCCAGUUCCACCAGGAGCUGCUGGUCCUCUUCUGGAAGCUCUGUGACUUCAACAAGAAAUUUCUCUUCUUUGUGCUGAAGAGCAGCGAUGUGCUUGACAUCCUGGUCCCCAUCCUCUACUUCCUCAAUGAUGCCCGAGCAGAUCAGUCUCGGGUGGGCCUGAUGCACAUUGGUGUCUUCAUCCUGCUGCUUCUGAGUGGGGAGCGGAACUUCGGGGUGCGGCUGAACAAGCCCUACUCGGUGCGCGUGCCCAUGGACAUCCCGGUCUUCACGGGCACCCAUGCCGACCUGCUCAUUGUGGUAUUCCACAAGAUCAUCACCAGCGGGCACCAGCGGCUGCAGCCCCUCUUCGAUUGCCUGCUCACGAUCAUAGUCAACGUGUCCCCCUACCUCAAGAGCCUGUCCAUGGUGGCCGCCAACAAACUGCUGCACCUGCUGGAGGCCUUCUCCACCACCUGGUUCCUCUUCUCUGCCUCCCAGAACCACCACCUGGCCUUCUUCCUCCUGGAGGUCUUCAACAACAUCAUCCAGUACCAGUUUGACGGCAACUCCAACUUGGUCUAUGCCAUCAUCCGGAAGCGCAAUGUCUUCCACCAGCUGGCCAACCUGCCCACAGACCCACCUGCCAUCCACAAGGCGCUGCAGCGGCGCCGGCGGGCGCCGGAGCCCUUGUCCCGCACCGGCUCCCAGGAGGGCGCCUCCAUGGAGGGCUCCCGCCCCGCCGCCCCUGCCGAGCCUGGCACCCUCAAGACCAGCCUGGUGGCCACCCCAGGUCUGGCGCUGGGCAUUGACAAGCUGACCGAGAAGUCCCAGGUAUCGGAGGACGGCACCUUGCGGUCCCUGGAGCCGGCACCCCAACAGGGCCCCGCAGAUGGGGGUCCCACUGAGGAGGAGCCCAGCCCGGCCUGGCGGGAGCAGCGGCGACCGUCUAGCGCGUCGGCCAGUGGACAGUGGAGCCCGACGUCGGAGUGGGUCCUGUCCUGGAAGUCGAAGCUGCCGCUGCAGACCAUCAUGAGGUUGCUGCAGGUGCUAGUUCCGCAGGUGGAGAAGAUCUGCAUUGACAAGGGCCUGACGGACGAGUCGGAGAUCCUGAGGUUCCUGCAACAUGGCACCCUGGUGGGGCUGCUGCCUGUGCCACACCCCAUCCUCAUCCGGAAGUACCAGGCCAACUCGGGCACGGCCAUGUGGUUCCGCACCUACAUGUGGGGCGUCAUCUAUCUGAGGAAUGUGGACCCGCCCGUCUGGUACGACACGGAUGUGAAGCUGUUUGAGAUCCAGCGCGUGUGAGGACAGCUGCCUGCAAGGGGCGGGGCCAGGGGAGGGCGGGGCCAGGGGAGGAGCCCUGGCCCCCCAUCCUCCCCGCCCAGAUCCACUGGCCAUGCUGAGCUUUAACUUACUAUGAUCAGGGCUGGGGGCUGGCAGAGUGGCCGAGUCCGAGGUGGCAGGCCCCGGAGGCCCCUCGUGGCUGGGACACUGGCUCUGACCUUCUCCGAACUCCCCCCACCUCCUGGCUCCAGGGCUGCAGGCCCCAGCCCAGGCCCCCACCUCACUCUGCUCCCCCUCAAGCCCUGUUUCUAUCCUGACCCUUGGCGCCCACUUGGCCCCUGUCCUGCUCACCCCCAGAGGCCAUCCGGUCACUGUGCCAUAAGGGGUUGCCCAGGAGGGAGCUGCGGGCUGUCCCAUGAUGCACCCGGGCAGGGUGAGGUGAGCCCAUCCAAGUCUCCUAACUGGACACUACUGGGUCCAGGCCAGCUGGCUGCCGGGGGCCUGAGGAAGGAAGGCACAUGGCCCGGCUGCUUGAGGACAGGGCUGAGGGCUGGCUGACUGCAACAGCCAGACUGGGGGACCCCAUGCAUUUUAGUUAGGGGUUUGGAGUGCAGUGUGGAAGGUGUCCUGCUAUAUUCUCCCAGGUCAAUGGCUGUAGCCUGGCUUCUUCUUACAUCCAGUUACGGGGACAAAAGGAACGAGGAGGGAGAGGCAGCUGUUCAGUCCUCCCCAACCCCACCCACUGCCUGGAGGACUGUGGGGGGGGGCAGGAUGCCACCCCUCUGGCCUCCCCUCCGUCCUCCCAGCCCUGGCCUCUGGCCCUCCCUCACCCACCUGUCAGUACGAUCUUUGCUCUGUACAAUCGGCCUCUUCACACAAUAAACCCCUCUCCAUGCC